ACCACUAAAAAUGACACCCAUGUCCUUUUGGGAGAAUUGGGUCCAUGCAGUUCUUCAGACAAGCAGACAUGCCUUAAGUCAGUAGUGCUACUAACAGAUCAAAGGAAGAAUAUUGUAGUUUUCAAAUCAGAUGGCAGUAUAUUACUGAAUGAAAUGGAGAUUCAUUUGCCAUACAGAACAGGUAGUUUCUCCAUUUACCAGCCAUCAUCAUUCUACACUAUUGUGCACACAAAUUAUGGGUUAAAAAUGCAGAUCCAGCUGUCCCCAGUGAUGCAACUGUUUCUCAUUAUGGAGGAUUUUGCCAAGGGAACUCUCCAAGGACUUUGCGGAGAUUACAAUGGAGUAGAAAGUGAUGAUUUAAAAGCAUCAGGUGGAGUGGUUGAAGCAACAGGAGCUUCCUUUGCCAACUCCUGGAAAGCACAAGCUAGCUGUAGUGAUAUGGAAGAUAAGUUGGAACACCCUUGCUCUCUGAGUCUUGAGAAUGACAAAGAAGUAACUUCUUGUCCAGCCAACCAAGUUUUCCACUACAAUCUAACCACAUGCCAACAGUCCUGCCGUUCUCUUUCUGAUGGAGAUAAGUACUGCUUGAAAGGUUUCACUGCGGUCGAUGGCUGUGGCUGCCCAGACAAUACCUAUGUGAAUGAGAAAGGCAUCUGUGUGUCUAUGUCUGAUUGCUCCUGUUAUUAUAAAGGCUUAUAUACACAACCCAGAGAUUCUAUCAUGAAGGACGACAAGCGCUG